CACACUUCUCCCAGCCCCUUGAAUCUUGUGCCAGUCCAUUCGGCUGCUUGGGUGAGCAUCCGCGAGAGACGCCGUAACCAUGUUCGGACGUGUCGGGGGUAAUGCCCUGCGAUGUGCUGCGCGCAGACCAGCUGCCCGGAGGGCCCUACUCUUCGAGCGCAAAUUCUCGGCCAGCACCGCCCAUGCCAGCACCAGCUCAACUGCAGCCUCGGCUGCGUCACCGUUAGGGAGUAUUACGACUGAGCUGGAUCGCAUCUCGCCGUGUUUUGAGGUUCCGGCGUCGCGAAUCACCAUCCUGGACUCUCCGUCCAGCUUCUACAAUACCCUCAAGGACAAGAUCAGGAAGGCUCGCAAACGCAUCUAUCUGUCGACAUUGUACAUUGGCAAGACAGAACAUGACCUGGUCGACACGCUAGACCAGGCUCUUCGGGCCAAUCCCGACCUCAAGGUCUCCAUUCUCACAGACGCUCUACGAGGAACGCGAGAAACGCCCAAUCCUUCGUGCGCAUCACUGUUGGCAUCGCUGGUUGCGACACAUGGCGCGGAUCGCGUGGAGAUCCGCAUGUUCCAUACUCCCAAUUUGACUGGGUUCAAGAAGAGAUGGGUGCCGAGCCGCAUCAAUGAGGGCUGGGGUCUGCAGCACAUGAAGCUGUAUGGCUUUGACGAGGAGAUUAUCUUGUCGGGGGCGAAUCUGUCGAACGAGUACUUCACCAGCCGUCUAGAUCGGUACCAUGUCUUCCACUCCAAGGAGUUGACCGAUUACUAUGCUCGCAUCCAAGAGGCCGUCUGCAGCCUCAGCUUCCAGGUCCUCCCCGACCCUGAGGAUGCCGCCGGCUACGUCCUCAACUGGCCGACAUCCAACGGCGCCCCUUCACCCCUCGACAACCCCGAGGACUUCAUCACAUACUCGUCCACCGUCUUGCACCCGCUCAUCCAACCGUCGGAAAAGCAGGCCGCCCUCCAGCCCAAGUCGUCCGACCAGACCUACGUAUACCCCGUCGCCCAGUUCACCUCCCUAUUCAAACCCGACACCUCUACUGAAUUCCCCGCCGUCACGGCCAUCCUCCGUCUCCUCUCCACCUCGCCGGCCUUCUCAGGAGCCCGCUGGCUCUUCACCGCCGGCUACUUCAACAUCCACCCCGCCCUCUCCUCCCUCCUCAUCGCGAGCACCUCCACCACCUACACCGACUCCACGACGCGCGGCACCGUCCUCACAGCCUCCCCCUGGGCCAACGGCUUCUACGGCUCCCCCGGCAUCUCUGGCAUGCUGCCCGCCGCCUACACGCAUCUCUCGGCCCGGUUCCUCGACCGCGUCGCCGACGCCCAACGCACCAACUCCAUCCAACUCAAAGAAUGGCGCCGCGGCACCGUCGGCGAACCCGGCGGCUGGACCUACCACGCCAAGGGCCUCUGGAUCACCCUUCCCAAGGAAGAACAUCCCAGUCUGACCUUCGUCGGCAGCAGCAACUACACCAAGCGCAGCUACAGUCUGGAUCUGGAGGUCGGCGCGCUCGUCGUGACCGGCGACCCGGAGCUGAAGCAGAAACUCGGCGCCGAGACGGAUCGUCUGCAGGAGGAGGCGAAGGUCAUUUCGCGCGAGGAUCUGCGGCGCACGGAGCGACGUGUGGGUUGGAAUGUCCGGCUCGCCAUGUGGAUUGUCGAGAAGGUCGGAGGGGCGUUAUAGAUGAUACGAUGUGAUGCGAUAGAGAUAGAAUCUGUAUACCCCGUGUACUACUAUUAUACAAUGAAUGUACAGUAAUCUACG